CCGCCGCCCGCGCUCGGCGCCGCGCGCGCCGCGCCCUACCACGAGCUGCUGAGGAAGCUGCGCGAGCACCAGGUAUUGCAAAGAGACGUGGAAUGCCACGGUCGAAUCGUAAGCUCGGUGGUGCGGUUGUGCGGCGGCGGAGACGUCGCUCGAGCCCUAGAGAGGCGCUGGCAUCUGUUGUACCUGCGGGCCAUCGAGUGGCAGUGUCAUCUCGAGGCCUGCCUCGCGAAAACCGAUAAUCAGAACUACCCACCAGUUGAUGUGGCGAGUGACAGCGACGACGAGCCAGCGUUGAAACAGCCGAGGCUCAGCAGACGUGGCUCGCCGCGACGUCAGCGCACACCCGUCAAUGCAAGGCACAGGGACAGCUCCGAGGAUAGCCGCCAAUCUGCCUCUGAGGAGGAACAGGAAUAUGCAAUAACGUACAAGUGGCGAGGUUUCGGAUCGGAUUGCGAGUCGGAGUUCGUUCGCGAAUCGGCGAUGGCGGACGCGCGCGUGCCGUCCGUGGAGGACGUGGACACGAGGCACACGGACCAGACUGUGCCUCACGGGGAUCAGAUUGACGGUGUCAACACAAACGAUUGCCAUAAUAUGAAAGAAAGGACACCAAUAGUAAUGAAAACGCCACCGACUGUAGUUAAACGAAAAAAACCGGUAGACACCUCAAAAUUUAACCAAUCAGACAGGAAAUCGAAAAAUUGUGCUACGUUCUACUUUAGGCACCACGACACGGAUUCGGACAGACAAAUGAUCGAAACUGAUGAGAAAUCGCAGGAAGAAUCGUCAGAGGAAGAAUGGACUUACGUAGAUGGCCCUAAAAUUGGUAAUGAAGACUCCACAGAUAUAAUGACAUCCUCAGUUGAAAUCCAAUGCGAAUUGCCAAUCGAUGAAAAGAAAGACAAACCCCCAUCACCAAAGCCUAAAUUAGAAUCGUCAACGCCCGAUCUCAUCCGUGUCGACCAAAAUUCAAGAUGCAAGGAUAUCGAGAGGCUUGUGAUACAAGCUGAGGAAUUGGUUCAGAAACAGGCACAACAGCAAAUGGCAAAGAAAAAAGGUUCGAGAAGUCUAAAACCGCUAAUGUUUGAAGAGGAAGGAAAAUCAGUCAGUCGAGCGAAAAUGUCUAGGAUCAAGGAAUGGUUGAAUCAAAGUUCGGAAGGCAAAAAAGAAACCAAUCAGUUCACAGAAAGUUACGACGCAUCUGGCGAAUAUACGACGGAAAGCGAAGUUGACACUUCACUAACAUCUGAAGAAAGGAACAUACAUUCGUCAAUGGAUAUGAGUACGUCCACUUGUACCGUCACUCCGACCCAUCACGCUAAGGUGCAGCUGCGCAAGAAGCGCGCGGGCGGCGGCGCGCGGCCGUGGUCGGUGUCGGGCCUGUCGCACCUGCGCGCGCCCGCCGACCUGCACAACAUGUCCAUAUCGGAGUCCGCGCUCAACACCAUCGCCGCGCCUCGCCCGGUCGCCAACUCGAGCUCCAUGAGGGGCAGCUCGACCACCGUUCAGGGUCACGUUUCAAGCACAAAUACAAUGACAGAGGCGUGCACGUCAUGCGUCGAAGCUAACGACAAACAGUGUUGGUUGAGAAGAAAACGAUUGAAACUGAGGCGCCAUAACAAUAACACUGCCCGGAGGGAGAGACUUGUGAAAUCGUUAUCAUUUUGUGGAAGGUUAAGCCCAGAGAUUGAAGACAAGCAUGAAAGAAGUGCUGCAAGUGAUCCGGCCACUAGUAGGAAAAAUAGAUUUGACACUACCUCAACUUCAGGCAACGACAGCGACGAACCCUUAGCCACGAUUGCAAACCUGCGCAGAAGCAUCGAAAAAACCCAUAUUUCGACCAAGGAACAAGACAGUGCCAUUCCAGAACAAAAUGAAGCUGAAAUAGUGACGCCUAGCUUUAAGUUAGGACCAGAAGGCGGAGCCGUUCGACCUAGGCUGACUAGGAGUAUGGAAAGGGAGAGAACGUUUUUGUCUCUAAGCCUAGGAGAUCCUAGCCAAAUGUGGGACUUGUGUGUAGAUAAAGACUCAGAUAUAGACAAAAGUGUUACGGCUGGAACAGAAGAACACAGUUCGUUUUCGGAACAAGCUUGGGAUUUCUAUCAGGAAAAAUACAACUCGGAGCCAUAUUCUGAAGCACCCGACUCGGACGCAGCACGUCGCCUUCUUGAAUUCGGAGACGAUUACAGAGCUUUCCUAGACUCGCAGUCCGAUUGUUGUUCAAGUCAAUCCGCUCAACCCGAAAACGAUCAAAGUCCCAGUGGAACCCGUCGCCGUAGACCGCCCUCAGAUAUGUCGAGAGAGAGGAGCCUGCCGCGGUACAAGCGGCCGACGAGGAAUUCCCCGGUCGAAACUCCGUCCCGAAAACCGAAAAAGUCGAUGUCGAGCGCGGAACGUAAAAAGUACCUCCAAGACAGCCUGGAGAGAUCGAGGAACAACACGAGCAUCGAGAGCAACGAGGGCGGCCGGCGCCGAAAGCCCUCCGAGAGCGAAAGAAAGAAUGGCAAACGACCAGAAUUCGACCUCCUCGACGUGCAAGCGCUGAGCCCUCGCUCGAGUACACGGAGGUCAACAACCGGCCCGACAUACUGGACUCGGUGA